AUGCCUGCUCCGAUUUUCGAAAAGGUUCUCGUCGCCAACCGCGGCGAGAUCGCCUGUCGUGUGAUGGCGACCUGCCAGCGUCUGGGAAUCAAGACGGUGGCCGUCUACUCCACCGCCGAUGAGCAGGCCAAGCACGUGAAGGUGGCGGACGAGGGCGUCUGCAUUGGCCCCCCCGCCUCCGUGGAGAGCUACCUGUGUAUUGACAAGAUUGUGGAUGCCUGCAAGAGGACGGGCGCUCAGGCCGUUCACCCAGGCUACGGCUUCCUGUCCGAGAACGGCGAGUUUCAGUCGGCCUUGCAGAAGAACAACAUCAUCUUCGUCGGCCCAGACGCGCACUCUAUCGAGGCUAUGGGCGACAAGAUCGAGUCGAAGCGGCUUGCCCACAGUGCUGGCGUGACGUGCAUUCCCGGCUUCAUCGGCGAGGUGAAGACGCACGAGGACGUGCUGAAGUUUGCGAGAGAGGUCGGCUACCCGGUCAUGAUCAAGGCCUCCGGCGGUGGUGGUGGCAAGGGCAUGCGAGUGGCGUAUAAUGACAGUCAGUGCGUGGAGUACUACGACAUGUGCAAGGAGGAGGCCAAGGCCGCCUUCAACAGCGACAAGAUGCUCGUCGAGAAGUUCAUUGAAAACCCGCGUCACAUCGAGAUCCAGGUGAUCGCGGAUCGCAGGGGCAACACCCUGUACCUGCCAGAGCGCGAGUGCUCCAUUCAGCGCCGCAACCAGAAGGUGAUCGAGGAGGCGCCGUCCGUCCUGUUGGAUGCGAAGACCCGCAAGGCCAUGGGCGAGGAGGCUGUUGCGAUGGCGCGAGCCGUGCAGUACGUCAGCGCCGGCACGGUCGAGAACGUCGUCAACCCGCAGAAGCAGUUCUACUUCCUCGAGAUGAACACCCGCCUCCAGGUGGAGCACCCCAUCACGGAGGAGAUCACCGGCAUCGAUCUCGUGGAGCAGAUGCUCCGCGCCGCGGCGGACCUGCCGCUCAGCAUUACGCAGGACGACAUCAAGAUCAACGGCCAUGCCACGGAGUGUCGCGUGUACGCCGAGGACCCGAUGAAGAACUACUUCCCGUCCAUCGGCCGCCUCACCAUGUACCAGGAGCCGACCGGGCCCGGCGUGCGCUGUGACUCCGGCAUCAUCGAAGGGUCGCAGAUCUCCGUUUAUUACGACCCGCUCAUCUGCAAGCUGUCCACCUGGGGAAAGGACCGCACGGAGUGCAUUGAGCGUAUGGAGAAGGCGCUGGACGAGUACGUCAUUCGCGGUCUGCGCCACAACAUUUGCCUCCUGCGCGACGUUGUCACGGAGCCGCGUUACCAGAGCGGUGACCUCACCACCAACUACUUGCCGGAGCAGUACCCGAACGGCUUCAAGAAGGCGGAGCUGACCCCGGAGGAGACGCAGCUGAUGUAUGAGGCGGCCGCCUGUGCGCACCUGAAGCGCGAGCGCACUCACUACAUCCAGGGCACUGCUCCGGCGGAGCGUCAGUUCUACGUCUCUCUCGGCGCUAGGCAGGAGGACGAGAUGCCGGUGUACGUCCGGCAGCUCGAUGACUCCCACUUCGAGGUCGCCGCGUCGAAGAGCGGUCCGUUCAAGAGGCUGGAGAUGGCGUGGAGGGUCAGCUACCCGCUCAUCCGCGUGAAGGAUGGGGAGAGGGAGACGGUGCUGCAGUUCUGGGGCACCAACGAGGUGACGUACGGCAUCCAGAUGAAGGGCACCACCUUCAACGUGAAUGUAAUGAGCGACCUGCAGUCCGUGCUGGGCCACUUCGUGCCGGUUGUAGAGACCGCCGUCAAUACGAAGCAGGUUCUGUCGCCCAUGCCAGGCGUCAUUGUCGCCAUCAAGGUUCAGCCUGGGGAGACGGUGGUCGCUGGUGAGGAGCUUCUGACGCUGGAGGCCAUGAAGAUGCGCAACAAGAUCCACGCUCAGGCGGACGGCAAGGUGAAGGAGAUCAAGGUCAAGCUCGGCGCCACUGUGGAGGACAGCGAGGUGCUAGUCGAGCUUGAGUAA